ACCCCGCGAUACGGCGGGGGAGGAGGAAGCGGCGCCAGCGCGGGGGGAGCGCGGCCCCCGGGGCGCCCUCGGCCACGGAGACCCCCCCUGGCAUGGAUACUGACCCCCCACGGCACGGGAGCCGACCCCCGGGCACCCCACCGGGAUAGGGACCCCCCCUCGGGAGCGGGACUGGCGACCCCCCGGCAUGGGGACCAGCCCCGGGCAGCCCCCCCCCCGGGAUAGGGACUCACCCCGGGGCACCCCCGCAAUGGGGACCGACCCCUCGGGCAGCCCCCCGGGAUGGGGACCCCCCUCCCAAGGCACCCACCGGGAUGCGGACCCCCCUCAAGGUCCCCCCGGGAUGGGGACCGACCCGCCCCCGGGGCCGGGGCCGCUCGAGGGUCGUGUCCCCCCUCCCCCGACAUGGGGGUCCGUCCCCCCCUCCCCGCUUUCACAACCGCUUUCUGUUCCAGGCCCCGCCGCGCCCCAGCGCCCCCAGGGCGGGGGGACACGGGAGGGCCCCGUCUCGGGGUGGGGGGUCACCAUCGCGGGGGGGUACCCCGGCCCUCCCCAAGCUCCGUGCCCGGGAGGGGCGGGGCAGCCCGCAGGUGGAUUGGGGUCCCCACGCCUCGCCCACCCGCCCGGGGCGGAUGUGACACCCCGGCCCCACGCGUGGCGGGGGGGGGGCGGCUUCGUGAGCCACCGAAGCGGAGGCCGCCUCCCGCCCCCGCAGCCGCCGCGGGGGAUUUCCAGGCGGGGGGGGGGGGCCCACGGGGGCCCCGCACCCCGUCCCGCUCUGCACCCCGCCCCGGGGGGGGAGGGCUGUGUGUGAGCCCCUUGCCCCCCCUGUGGGGUCCCCCGGGACCGAUCCUGCCCCGGUGCGACCCCCCCUCACCCACCCCACCCCCCGGGUCGGGGAGGAAACGGCGGCGGGAGGGUGCAAGGAGAGGGGUGCGGGGGGGGGGGGUGCGGUCGCGCGUGGGGCCCCCCGAGGGGCAGCGCUGCGGGCAGGGCAGGGGCAGGCGGCGUUGCCGCCCCCGGUUGCCGCCGCCGCCGCCGUCGGGGCUGCCCCCCCCCCCCAUCCCCGGCGGCACGUGCAGCCGCUGCCGCCCCCGCCCCGCCGUGAUGUCACGGGGCCGGGCCGGGACCAGCCGCCGCGGGACCCGCCAGCACCGUGGGCACCCCCCGCCAGCGCGCAGCCAUGGAGGAGGGCCGGGACUGGGCCACCCUCAGCCCCCAGGAGUUCGCCCAGCUGCAGAAGUACCUGGAUUACAGCAGCAGGAAGGUGCAGGAUGUGCUGCAGGAUUUCUACAGCGGCGGGGCCCUGUCACAGCACCGCCAGGGAGAGUGCGUCGACUUCGAGGGGUUCACGCUGUUCCUGCGGAGUUACCUGGAGGCGGACGAUGUGCCGGAGCCGCUCUGCCGUCACCUCUUCGCCUCCUUCCAGAGCGGGGCCGCGGCACCGCCGGGCAGCCGGGCGGGCACCGACCUCGUCUGCAUUAACGAUGUCUCCUGCUACUUCUCGCUGCUGGAGGGGGGACGCCCCGAGGACAAGCUGGAGUUCACCUUCAAGCUGUAUGACAAGGACGGGAACGGGCUCCUGGACAGCUCGGAGGUGGAUCGGAUCAUCACCCAGAUGAUGCGCGUGGCCCAGUACCUGGACUGGGAUGUCACCGAGCUGAAGCCGAUCCUGCAGGAGAUGAUGCGGGAGAUCGACUACGACGGCAGCGGGACGGUGUCGUUGGCCGAGUGGCUCCGCGGGGGGGUCACCAACAUCCCGCUGCUCGUGCUGCUGGGGCUGGAGGUGCACAUGAAGGACGACGGGCAGCACAUGUGGCGCCUGAAGCACUUCAACCGCCCCGUGUACUGCAACGUGUGCGAGACGCUGCUGGUGGGGCUGCGCAAGCAGGGGCUCUGCUGCACCUUCUGCAAGUUCACGGUCCACGAGCGCUGCGCCCGCCGGGCCCCCCCCAGCUGCAUCAGCACCUACGCCAAGUCCCGCAAGGAGGCCGGCGUCCAGGCCCACGUGUGGGUGAAGGGCGGCUGCGAGGCCGGCAAGUGCGGCAAGUGCCAGAAGAAGAUCAAGAGCUUCCAGAGCCUGACGGGGCUGCACUGCGUCUGGUGCCACCUGAAGAUCCAUGAGGAGUGCCUGUCCCUCGUGCCCCCCGCCUGCGACUGUGGGGUCCUGCGGGACCACAUCCUGCCCCCCGCCGCCAUCUACCCCGUCCUGCUGGAGAGGCAGGACAGCCAGCGGGACGGCAGCGGGACGCCGGUUGAGGAGAUGCCGCAGGUCUUCACCACCCCCGAGGGCCAGGCGCUGCGGGUCAGCCCCGUGCCCGACACCCACCCGCUCCUCGUCUUCGUCAACCCCAAGAGCGGAGGGAAGCAGGGGGAGAGGGUGCUGCGGAAGUUCCAGUAUCUGCUCAACCCCCGGCAGGUUUAUAACCUGCAGCAGGGAGGACCCACCCCCGGGCUCAAUUUCUUCCGGGAUGUGCCAGAUUUUCGGAUUCUGGUGUGCGGUGGCGAUGGCACUGUGGGCUGGAUCCUGGACGCCAUCGAUAAAGCCAACCUGCCCUGCCGGCCCCCCGUGGCUGUGCUGCCCCUGGGGACCGGCAACGACCUGGCCCGCUGCCUGCGCUGGGGGGGAGGCUACACCGGGGAGGACCUGGUGAAGAUCCUGCGGGAGAUGGAGGGCGGCAGCCUGGUGCAGAUGGACCGGUGGCGGGUGGAGGUGCUGCCCGAGGACCCGGCGGCCGCGGGGGACCCGGUGCCCUACGAGAUCAUUAACAACUACUUCUCCAUCGGGGUGGACGCCUCCAUCGCCCACCGCUUUCACGUCAUGCGGGAGAAGUACCCGGAGAAGUUCAACAGCAGGAUGAAGAACAAGCUGUGGUACCUCGAGUUCGCCACCUCCGAGACCAUCUUCGCCACCUGCAAGAAGCUCAAGGAGUGUCUGAGCGUGGAGUGCUGCGGGACCCCCCUGGACCUGAGCGGGGCCCUGGCGGGGCUGGCGGUGCUGAACAUCCCCAGCAUGCACGGAGGCUCCAACCUCUGGGGCGAGACCAAGCGGGCGCUGGGGGAGGCGAGGAGGGCGGCGGGCGCCGGGCAGCCCCCGGCUAUCACCGACGCCGAGACCCUCAAGACCUGCGUGCAGGACCUGAGCGACCGGCGGCUGGAGGUGGUGGGGCUGGAGGGGGUGCUGGAGAUGGGGCAGAUCUACACCGGGCUGAAGAGCGCGGGCAAGCGGCUGGCGACCUGCUCCGAGAUCACCCUGCGGACGCUGAAGCCCCUGCCCAUGCAGAUCGACGGGGAGCCCUGGAUGCAGCCACCUUGCACGAUCAAGAUCACCCACAAGAACCAGACGCCGAUGCUCAUGGCCGCGCCGCCACGCUCCUCCAGCUUCUUCGGCCUCAAGAAGGGACCCCCCGAGGCCUGAGGGGCUCGGGAUGGGGGGGAGGGAGCCCCCCCAUCGAGCCCCCCGGACCAACCGCCCCUCCGCUCUGCGCGUCCCCAGCAGGGGUGGGUGGCAGCUGUGUGCCCCCCUCCCGCACCCAGGGGUGCUCAGAACCCGCGGGUGCUGUGCCAGGGUGGGAGGGGGCUGCGCGAGGCCCCCCCACAUGUGCCGCGGUGGCCGGAGCCCCCUGCCCCGCCAGCCCCCCACCCUAUUUAUUACUCCCCCCCCAAUUUCAAGUGCCUCUUGCAGUAAUAAAGCUGAUGGUGAGACAGG